AUGUGUCUGGCAUUAACCGGGCUGGGCGUCAUAGUUGCCUCCGUGUUCGCCUUCAGCGUCAAAGAAGAAUUGCCAACGAUACGGGUCUGCAAGAGCAAGGCCUGCGUCGAGUAUUCCACGCGGCUGCGGCAAUCAAUCAACACAUCAAUGCAACCGUGUCGUAGCUUUUACCGCUACGUCUGCGACGGCUGGAGCAAGAACGUGUACUCGGUUAGAGAGUACGCGUACAUGACAGCGCUCGACAGAGUUACCGACCUUUUCUGGAGCGUCCAAGUGCCGACGACAAACCAGACCUCUCAAGAGCAGGUAGCUGCAUUGUACAGAAGCUGCGACGCAGUACUCAAAGGUAAGCGCAACGACUUGGCGAACGCCAAGCUGGCGCUGUCCGCAGCCGGCAUCGUGUGGCCUCACCGCCCUGAUAAGCCGGACGUGCUCCGUCUACUGCUGGAAACGUCGAUGACUCUUGGCUGGGACACUGUACUUCAUAUGGAAGGUGGCGCGAAGAGGAAUAAAAUUGUACUGGCCAGGGGAACCUCGUUCCCAAUUAUAUCCUCCAAGUAUGAACAUCUCCACACGCAUGUUCAGAAACGAAUCUACUUCAAUGCCCUGCGCGACAAGUUCAGCCUGACAGGCCGAGACGAGGUUGUCGACUUGGAUGAAAUGAUGUCCGUAUCAGAGGACAUGACCAACGCGUUAGCAAACGUCACGGUGGGGCAGAGUGCGCAGAUGUCCAUCACACAGUCCUGGCUAUACGAAGUGCGACUGAACCUUUCUAAAGGCCGCUUCGCGAAAGCGCUGAAAGCGUACAACGUGACUGUGGACGACGACGCCACAGUCAUUCUCUGGGAUUCCGACUUCGUUUAUGCUUUCGUGGAGCUUUGGCACCGGCACGGCGAAAGCAUGGUUCACCUUUACGUUUCUUGGUGCACGGUUCAAGUCGCCGCGCUGUACGCGGACUCCGACCUUAUAGCCAACUAUUACUCAAGCAGGUACCGAGCUCAUCUACAACACGGCGCAUUCUGCCUCGGAAGAGCUCAACUGUUCGGGGGAUACGCCACUUUCUCCCAAUAUAACGCCCUGAUUCUAAACCGAGAAACACGCGCUGAUGUUGAAAGAAUUCUUCUAACCAUGCGCAGCAUGUACCGAGGUCACCUUGAGAAAUGGAAUUUCGUCGACGCUGAGAAGCCAGUAGUCGCCAACUGGACAUCGCUCAAGACAGUGCUGCCGAACGCAGAUCAGGACGAGCAUGGUAUUGAGACUUCCGAGUUUGAUGAAGGCUUACUCCGCAUGACGGACUCCUUCGUCGACAACUGGAAAAAGGUCAUGGCGCACACGCGAUUUUCCGGUGGUGUCUUCGGCUCAAACAUCGUCACUAGCACGAAGUUAUACGCUCUUCUUCCAUCGCAGGCUGACUUCCACUUCAUGCCGUUCGCAUUUUCCUUUCCCUUGUACGACUACGACCUCCCCACCACGGUCAACUAUGCCGGUCUCGGAGCGCAGGUGGCCGAGGCUAUUGGGGAGCUUCUCAUGAAGGAGUAUCUCCCCAGCGAUGUGGUCUCUGCGGUCCUGCCUUGUCUUGCCAAGGCACCGUCAGCGCAGCUAAAGUCCGCAUCGGUUAGCGAAAUCGUGUCUCUCGCCGUUUUGCUGACUGCUUUCGAGAGCGACUCUGCUCACAAAGUCAGACUCGGUGACUUUGAAACCUACUCCCCCGCGCAGCUACUCUUCAUAUCAUGGUGCUACAUGAAAUGUGGCGGCAAGUAUAACUCGCUCCCUUCCGCAUGUGACGCUGUCCUGCGGCAUAUUAGCAAUUUUGCUGAUGAAUUUGGAUGCAGCCCUGGAGACCACUUAAACCCAAUGCACAGAUGUGCACUUACGUAG